ACUGAUCUGAGUGGUUCUAUUUAUAUUAAACAGUUUUCUUGCGUGGUUGGAGUGGUUUCAAGUUAUGACAGUUUUAAAGCAACAACAGUAAUUGAAAGUGCUGAUAAAAAGUUCCGUUUAGGUGCGCUGCAUUGCAUAUAAAACCUACUUUUGGUUAGUUAAUACAUAAUCGGGAACAAAUAGCGUUACUGAGCGAAUUGGUCGCAAUGCAGCGAAGAAAUGAAGGCUGCGGCUGUACGUAGCACACUCAGCUAAAACUUCAUGAUUGUAUUGCAUCAUGCACUUCGCACUGUCCAGAACGUCUGCUUAUUCUAAUCACUAUUGAAAGAACUAUGCUCACGCUGCAGUGCCAAGAUUGACUUACCGAAGCGGAGAUACAUGUUUUUUGCACUUGAUCGAAAUCCGUUAACCAUUUAACAGUCAAUCUUCCGGACGCAUCUUGCUAUGGAUGCUUACAACUUUGUAUCAUCGGCUGGCGAGUACAACGGAUCGGACGCGACCAAUCGAACAUCCACCAUAUUUGCAAUUAAUCCAGAUUUCAUCACACAAUGGAAACUAAAGCGCAAGCAGGAGAAAAAGUGUGGCGAACUGUUUUCGCAUCUGGAUCUGCUAAACUAUCCCGAAUGCCUAAACUUGCUGGGCCAUUAUCUUGACGUCAAGGGGAAAAGCAUUCCCGUACUCACGUCUGAAUUUAUAAAAUCGCUCGGAACAACUAACAAAUUAAGCGGUAAUGGGUUCCGAACUGCGGCUGACACCUCGCGUGACGAGCAGAGCCCCGUCAUCGGUAGCUUCCGCGAUAUUGGGAGCUGGUUUACGUACGGCAACUUUACGCUGCUGGAAUGGUUCAACAACGGAUCCACCGGUUACUAUGCAGGCAACGAAAGCUCCAAUUUUCAUCCGAAUGCAAUCAAUUUUACAAUCGUCCCCUACGGGAUAGACAUUGACGACGAAAGUUCGAAACAAGUGCUGCCGCCGUUCAACCUUUGGCAAACGGUGUUAAUCGCUAUAUGCUUGGCCAUCUGCAUAAUUCUUACGAUUGGUGGCAAUAUACUGGUACUGUUGGCAUUCAUCGUAGAUCGAAGCAUCAGGCAGCCAAGCAAUUACUUUAUCGCUUCCCUCGCAGCAACGGACAUGCUAAUCGGAACGGUAUCCAUGCCUUUCUACACGGUGUACGUGCUGAUGGGCUACUGGGAUUUGGGUCCACUAUUGUGCGAUCUUUGGCUGUCGGUCGAUUAUACCGUUUGUCUCGUGUCACAGUACACGGUUUUGCUGAUAACCAUCGAUCGGUUCUGCUCGGUAAAAAUAGCGGCCAAGUAUAGGAGUUGGCGUACGAAAAAUAAAGUCAUCUGGAUGGUCACGAUCACCUGGAUCAUUCCGGCACUGCUCUUCUUCAUAUCGAUCUUUGGCUGGGAACACUUCGUCGGCUAUCGUGAUCUACUGCCCGGGCAGUGUGCGGUACAGUUUCUAAAAGAUCCCGUCUUCAACACGGCACUCAUCAUCGGAUACUACUGGACCACGCUGGUGGUGCUGUUCGUGCUGUAUGGCGGCAUCUACAAGACUGCCUACGACAUGCAGAAGAAAAGCGAGGCCAAACAACGGAAGAUGCAGUCGAUGGUGGCGCUUAGCAGUGCGAUGACGGGCAUGGCUAGCCGAACGGCGGGCAUAGGCAUUUCCAAAACGCAAAGCACCUUACUGUGCGCGGAUAAACCGAUCACAUCCACCGCACCUUUGCUGCUGCAGCCAAAGCAUGACGGAGCCCCCGGCAACGCCGUGUCAUCGGCUGGCGAGGAAGCGUUACGAAAGUUUGCUGCCCAGAUUCAACUUUCGGACACGACGAACUCAACAGCCGCGAAUGUGUCGCUGCUGAAGAACGAAAAAAGCUUUAACGCGUCUUCGCAUCCGUCGACGGCAUUGUUCGACAUGGCGUACGGGAACCUCGCCAACAGCAACAAAUCGCAUGGAACGGUUGAUUUCAGCAUGAAGGACGAAAAGGGCGAAGGCGACAAAAGUGAACGUUCCAGCAGUCCUGCGUUUGAUUCGGACGAGGAUCAUCCGUUGGCUGCCACCAAACAGGAGCCGGAUUCGUGUGCAAAAGCAUUUAACAAACGAUCUUCCGUUGCUGGUUUGUUGGUGGGGGCCGCAUCCGCCACAGUGUUUUCCUCUCGCUACAAAGAGAGUGCUGCGGCAGUGACCACUGGCAAUGCUCCGGUAUCGUUGUCAGAGGAUCGUGGUGCAGUAUUGGCUGGCAAAAAAAAUAAUACCAUGGUGUUGGAGCACAAGGCACUACCUAAAAUCAGUGAAACAAGCAGUCCAGCAGGAGCAGCAGCACACGAUAAAAAGCACGAUGUAAGGAAGGACUCAAAGGACUUGGGGCAUUCCUUCUCCCAAACUGUGCUCUCUACUGCAGUCGAACUACAGCCAAGGGCAAGCGAGACGAGUAGACCCAUCGCAUUCCAGCAGACUGUGGAGGAUGCGUCAUCUACCAUUUUUACACCACCAUGUGGAUUUCAAACUCCUCUGACCGGUGACACACAGUCCGAGUCCGAAAGACCACAGAGUACGACCAGCAUGGGCGACACUAUGGGUACCUACGAUCCGCUGAUAUGCAUGGACAGCGCCGAUCUUCGCUUUAUGGACGAAAGCUCCGUCAUGUUACCCUCGCCACAGUUCGAAAACGUUGCGUCGGAUUCUUCAAUUGCCUCAUUCCUAGAUGGUAUCGAGCAGCAACACUCGCGAUCCGCCGUCAGCCAGUACAACGGCCAGAGCAUUGCCAAUCCGACCCUUCUGCAGAAAGCACUCAUAAGAGCAACUGCUCAAUGCAAGCAGCCGGCACCGACGGUUCUCAUGCGUUCUUCCUACUUCGCUAAGGGACCGACGUCGCCUCAGACGAAUGACAGUGCCACCACUCAGCAGGGCUUUGUUUCGAAGGAAGAUACCGUGUACAGUACCACCGUGACCGUCAGUACACAAAGUCCAGAAAAACCUACGACAGUGCUUAGUACCGCAAACGUCGGCUCGGAUACGGGCGUACCUAGACCAAGCGCUAUCGACCUCACCGGACAUCGAUGUCCUGCCACUGACGUGAAAGUGAAUACCUCGGUCGAACUUACGGAUGUGUCCGAUUACUCGAAAGCGGUAGCGGAGGACGAACCGACACGGUCCGUGGGACAGACGAGCGUAGUGUGUUCGAACAUGUCGGCGUCGGCUACCAUCAACUUUAGCUCCCUCAACAAACCGACGCUGACCAUCGAGCGCGAUUCGUCCAGCAAGCGAGGUUUCAUACAAUCGAUCGGCAAACGUUUGAAGCCGGGCAUCAGGAAACCGAAUGCCGAUGGACCGCUCGGUGGCGUUUGUCGCCAAAAGUCCAAGUCCGAAAACCGGGCCCGGAAAGCGUUUCGAACGAUCUCAUUCAUAUUGGGCGCGUUCGUGGCUUGCUGGACACCGUACCACGUGCUGGCACUGGUGGUGGGAUUCUGCUCAACUCCGCCCUGCGUGAACGAGCACCUGUUUAUGUUUUCGUACUUCCUGUGCUACGCGAACAGUCCCAUGAAUCCGUUUUGCUAUGCGCUUGCCAAUCAACAGUUUAAAAAAACGUUUACCCGCAUAUUGCGUGGAGACUUGCACAUGACAUAAAUUUAACAUAACCGUUAGUAAAACAAACAAAAAAAACCACAAAACACAACUACAACUUCAAUGUACUCGUCAAUCAGUCACGUAUACUUGUAAAUGCAUAGGACAAUAAUUAAGUAAAGUUUGUAAUACUGGAUGGUACAACACAACAUAUUCAAAUGUAUCUAACACAAGCAAACAGAACCCAGUAUGGACGGACACCAGUUGUUGGGGAACCAGUUGUGCCAAAAUUAUUAAGCAAAAGAUAGGCGACUUAGCGCGUAUGAAUAAUCUAGAACAUUUUGCCUCGCUUCGGCAUUCAUGCUGAAGUAGUUUGAGAUGAGAAUACUACUCAAAGCUAAAGACUAGAUGAGCUGGGUGUAGUUGCUAAACACAACGUUCAACAAACGUUGCAUUUCACCAUUUAAAAGCAUAACCAAUAUAUUAAAAUUAAACAUUUUAACCACAGCACAGGUGGUAUCAGACUAGGUUCGUACAGGUAGGCAUCAGACAGGUGGUAUGGGGCUAGGGAAGUACAGUGAAACCUUUCUAUGACGCGUACCGGCAGAACUGCCAGCUAAGAGAGGUAGUCAUCUUAAAGAACGAAACAUAGGGAAAAGCGGACAUCAAGGUAGGCUUGAAUCGCGUCGUUGCUUAGUAAUCCAAUCCUACUAUGGUGACUUAGCGCUUGGUCUAAUGAUGUUGCUCAGCAACUUGGUUGCUCGGCAACUUGGUUUCCAGUUUUGUUCUGUAAAAACCGACAUGGAUAUAGGAUUUUUUCAUAGGACAGAACAAUGCAAGCGACUCUUUACUAUUACACCAGCAGCGCACGUAGAAGAGCGGCAGUAGGUAUGAAAGCACGCAACCGAUAAAUCUUACAUUUCGCUAGCAAAAAGUUGCUCGCAACCGCAUUAGACCAAGAGACCUUUCUGUGGAGAAAAUUUUAUAUGCAGCUUGGAGAAUGCAAACUUAGACAGAUUUCACUAUAUUCCUACCUAUCAAAAGAUUCCAUUUCACAAGUUCCUUCCACGUGCGGUGCAAGGCAUCUUGUGAAAAUUAAGUAGACAAACCCCGAAUGCUGACCAAGGUGACUCGCGUAGAUGAGUUACUUUUAGCACGGAGGGACACCUAACACGGAAAAUGCUUUCGGUGGUGAAUUGCACGUUUACACAAAUAACUUGGAUAUUGCGAACAUUCCGAGCAAUGGUUCGAUUCGAUCGUUCCGGGAGCGAUUGGUGUAGUUCUAAUUGUAAUUGACAAAUAAAUUUUGUUUCCUUCUUGAGGCUUAUCUUAUGAUAACUACCGUCAGACGAUUCCGGCAUGCGUGUGGUUUUAUAUGUUUUUUGUUGUUUUAAAAUAGCGUACGCUUUCGGAAUAGUAGAAUCCAAGCAUAGCUCUCGCAACCACACUAUUUGUGCAACCGUGCUGGCAGCUUCGCACACCUUAUCUAGUCUAUAAUAAUAGAAAUCUGCUUUUGAUAAAUGAAUACUGGCGGACCCGUCAACAUGCACAUCAAUCAACCCCCGUAACAAAGUAACGUAACAACUAUACUUUAAUAUAGCAAAUUAAAUUAGACAAAUGUUCGUAGUAGCGAGCGUAAUGAAAAAAAUGUAAUGUAAAUAAUCUUAUAGGAGUAUACUGUUGCCUAAAACCGAUUAACGAUCUUUUCAUAUAUAUAUAUACAUAUCUAUACAUAUACAUACAUAUACAUAUAUACAUAUAUGACACAUAAGCUAUACCUACCUGUAAAGCAAUGAAGGCGUAAGCCGUAUUGAGAAGGAGCAAUCUGUUAUACAUCCGUAACACUUAGUGCUUACCCCGUAAUCCGUAAAGUUGUUUUAAUAAGAACAGCGAUUAAAGCGUGGUGAUGUCAAGCCGGACAAGACCACGAUGUCGCAUAACGGCGGAACCAUUUGUACCGCAUUCCCCUGAGCAAACCAAGACUAUUAAUCGUUAGAAGUGCGUGGUAAAAGUCAAAGCAAAUGUGGAUGUGUAAAGAACAGUGCAGCUGAUAUUAGCUUAGGAAUAUUGGAGACAGGAGCAAACUAAUAAAACCGAAACUUGUGCUAUUUUUUUCGCGCUAGAGCCCCUGUGAAGAGCGUGGCAUGAGUUUCAUCAUACUUAGCAUAAGCAUAUUUUUAUAAACGCUUACGAUAACUUUAAAAAAAACACACACACGAUAACUAACCAAUAACAUUAGCUUAGUGUAAGAGCUUAGAUGUGUUUUCUCGAAGCGGAACCUAUGAAGAUUAAUUGCUUUGGUUUAGGUAUUUCACCAAAAAAACUCCUCAAUUCCCAUGCAUGUAUGAAACAGGACUAUACAGGCAAAUUAAAAUGUUGUUGCAAAUGAUAAGCCUCAACAUGUGAAAGCUAUAGCGGAAGCAAUGAACCAAACAGUAUUACAAUGCGAAAAGAUCGGAUGACGACAAACUGCGUGUCACAAUAAUAAUUUCUUAGAGGAACCAGUUAACACAUUCCUAGCCAAAUUACCAUUACCUUUAGCGACAGAGAUGAGCAUCGCGAUUUUUAGCAACCAUUUCCAGCAGCCGUUGUUUUGUGUUUUGCGUUCCCUACAUGCUCCACUUUGGGUACCUGGGUGUGAUGAACGAUUGGUAGUAUUGCUUUAAUGAAAUCCGUUUCACAAACCACCUAGUUCAAGGACCGUUGCUCUACAAACCUCACCAGCCGCGCGCAUAAGAUUAAUGUUAAGAUAAAUGCUUGUUUUGGAUAUCCACCGACGUGUCAUACAUAAUAAACUAAGACAAUAUGCCGAGACAGUUGUACACCAGACACUGCUAAGAGCAAUUAUUUAUCGCGGAAAAAUAGUGCAACCGUGUGAACGUGCGUUAUUAUGUGAAUGGUAAGGUGUUUUUGGUGUAAAACAAGUUAAUUGGGUUGAGAUCAAAUAAAUUCUAAAACAUAA